CCCUGCCAGAUCCUCCCGCGCAGCCCGCGCCCACCUCGCCUCAGUCCCGCGACCAGAGCCCGGCCCAAGCAGUGUAGAGCGCCCCGGAGUCGCGCUCCGACGCUCCGUGUCCGCAGUGUCCUCCGUGUCCGCCGCGUCCUGGACGGGAUGGGGCGGCCCGGCUGAGCGCCACACCCCGCCGCCUACAUUCCCUGACCGAGCCACUAUCCCUCUUGCCUCGGCCCCGGCGCGCACGGGCGAUGGCGAAGGCGACGGCCAGCACCGCGGGGCUGCGAUGGCUCCUGCUGCUGCCGCUGUUCGGCGAAGGCUCCAUCAUCACUCCUCCUCCUCCCUCACGAGAUUCCCUGUUCCCUCCAGCCCCACUGGGACUCUACUUCUCCAGGGAUGCUUACUGGGAGAAGCUAUAUGUGGACCAGCCGGCGGGCAUGCCUCUGCUCUAUGUCCACGCCCUGCGUGAUGUCCCCGAGGAGGUGCCCAGCUUCCGCCUGGGCCAGUACCUCUACAGCGCCUACCGCACACGGCUGAAUGAGAAUGACUGGAUCCGUAUCCAGGAGGACACAGGCCUUCUGUACCUGAACUGGAGCCUGGACCACAGCUCCUGGGAGAAGCUCAGCGUCCGCAAUGGCGGCUUCCCCCUGCUCACCGUCUAUCUCCAGGUCUUUCUGUCGCCCACAUACCUGCGUGAGGGCGAGUGCCAGUGGCCAGGCUGUGCCCGCGUAUACUUCUCCUUCAUCAAUACCUCCUUCCCUGUGUGUGACUCCCUGAAACCCCGGGAGCUCUGCUUCCCUGAGACAGGCCUCUCCUUCCGCAUUCGUGAAAACAGGCCAACUGGCACCUUCCACCAGUUCCGCUUGUUGCCUGUGCAGUUCCUUUGCCCCAACAUCAGCGUGGCCUACAGACUACUGGGAGGUGAGAGUCUACCCUUCCACUGUGCUGCGGACAGCCUGGAGGUGAGCACGCGUUGGGCCUUGGACCGCGAACACCGGGAGAAGUACGAACUGGUGGCAGCGUGCACCGUGCGCGUGGGCGCGCGCGAGGAGCAGGUGAUGGUACCCUUCCCCGUGACCGUGUACGACGAGGACGACUCGGCUCCCACCUUCUUCGGUGGCGUCGACACCGCCAGCGCUGUGGUGGAAUUCAAGAGGAAGGAGGGAACUGUGGUGGCCACACUACAUGUCUUCGAUGCAGAUGUGGUGCCAGCAUCCGGGGAGCUCCUGCGCCGGUACACAAGCACACUGCUCCCCAGGGAUGCCUGGACCUUCCAGACCUUCCGUGUGGAGCACUCACCCAACGAAACCUUGGUCCAGGCCAACGGCAGCUUUGUGCGGGCAACCGUGCAUGACUAUAGGCUGGUUCUCAACCGCAGCCUCCCCAUCUCAGAGAGCCGUGCCCUGCAGCUGGCUGUGCUGGUCAAUGACUCGGACUUCCAGGGCCCAGGGGAGGGCAUCCUCCUCCUCCACUUCAAUGUGUCUGUGUUGCCCGUCAGCUUGCACUUGCCCAGCGCCUAUUCCUUCACUGUGAGCAGGAGGGCCCACCGCUUUGCCCAGGUUGGGAAACUCUGUGUGGAAAACUGCCAGGAGUUCACCGGCAUCCAUGUGCAAUACAAACUGCAGCUCUCCAGUACCAACUGUAGUGCCCUGGGAGUGGUUACCUCAGCCGAGGACAACAUGGGGACCCUGUUCGUGAAUGACACAGAGGCCCUGCAACGGCCUGAGUGUACCCAGCUCCAGUACACAGUGCUGGCCUCUGACCGGCCAACCCACAGGCAGGCCCAGGCUCCACUGCUCGUCACUAUAGAGGGUACAUACAUGGCUGAGGAGCCGGGCUGCCCCCUGUCCUGUGCAGUCAGCAAGAGGCGGCCUGAGUGUGAGGAGUGCGGCGGCCUGGGCUCUCUGACAGGCAGGUGCGAGUGGAGACAGGGAGACGGCAAAGGGAUCUCCAGGAACUUCUCCACCUGCUCCCCCAGCAUCAAGACCUGCCCUGAUGGCCACUGUGACUCUGUGGAGAGCAGAAAUUCCAACAUCUGCCCCCAGGACUGCCUCCGGGGCGGCAGCAUCAUUGGUGGGCAUGAGCCAGGGGAGCGUUGGGGAAUUAGAGCCGGCUUUGGUACCUGCAACUGCUUCCCUGAGGAGAAGAAGUGCUUCUGUGAGCCAGAAGACAGCCAGGACCCACUAUGUGAUGAGCUCUGCCGCACUGUGAUCGCAGCAGCUGUUCUCUUCUCCUUCAUCAUCUCUGUGCUGUUGUCCACCUUCUGCAUCCACCGCUACCAUAAGAACGCCCACAAGCCGCCCAUCGCCUCAGCCGAGAUGACCUUCCGCCGGCCAGCCCAGGCCUUCCCAGUGAGCUACUCCUCGUCUAGUGCCCGCCGGCCCUCACUAGAUUCCAUGGAGAACCAGGUCUCUGUGGAUGCCUUCAAGAUCCCGGAGGAUCCAAAGUGGGAAUUCCCUCGAAAGAACUUGGUUCUUGGAAAAACUCUGGGAGAAGGUGAAUUUGGAAAAGUCGUCGAAGCAACAGCCUUCAGGCUAAAAGGCAAAACAGGGUACACGACCGUGGCCGUGAAGAUGCUGAAAGAGAACGCCUCCCCAAACGAGCUGCGGGACCUACUGUCAGAAUUCAACCUCCUGAAGCAGGUCAACCACCCCAAUGUCAUCAAGCUGUAUGGGGCCUGCAGCCAGGAUGGGCCACUCCUCCUCAUUGUGGAGUAUGCUAAGUACGGCUCCUUGCGCGGCUUCUUGCGAGAAAGUCGCAAGGCAGGACCCGGCUAUGUGGGCAGCAGAGGCAGCCGCAACUCCAGCUACCUUGACAACCCGGAUGAGCGGGCCCUGACCAUGGGCGACCUCAUCUCCUUUGCCUGGCAGAUUUCACGUGGGAUGCGGUACCUGGCCGAGAUGAAGCUUGUCCAUCGGGACUUAGCAGCCAGAAAUGUCCUGGUAGCUGAGGGGCGGAAGAUGAAGAUUUCAGACUUUGGCCUGUCCCGAGAUGUGUAUGAAGAGGAUUCCUACGUGAAAAGGAGCAAGGGUCGGAUUCCAGUCAAAUGGAUGGCAAUUGAGUCCCUUUUCGAUCAUAUCUACACCACCCAAAGUGAUGUGUGGUCCUUUGGUGUCCUCCUGUGGGAGAUUGUGACUUUGGGGGGCAACCCCUACCCAGGGAUUCCUCCUGAGCGGCUCUUCAACCUUCUGAAGACAGGCUAUCGGAUGGAGAAGCCUGACAACUGCAGUGAGGAGAUGUACAGUCUGAUGCUGCAGUGCUGGAAGGAGGAGCCAGACAAGAGGCCAGUGUUUGCUGACAUCAGCAAAGACCUGGAGAAGAUGAUGGUUAAGAGAAGAGACUACUUGGACCUGGCCGCAUCCACCCCAUCCGACUCCCUGCUUUAUGAUGAUGGCCUCUCAGAGGAGGAGACGCCCCUGGUGGACUGUAAUAAUGCUCCCCUCCCUCGAGCCCUCCCCUCCACGUGGAUUGAAAACAAACUCUAUGGCAUGUCAGACCCGAACUGGCCUGAAGAGAGUCCUGUACCACUCACGAGAGCCGAUGGCACUAACACUGGGUGUCCAAGAUAUGCAAAUGAUAGUGUAUAUGCUAACUGGAUGGUUUCACCCUCAGCGGCACAAUUAAUGGACUCGUUUGAUAGUUAACUUUUCUUUGUGAAAGGUAACGGACUCACAAGGGGAGAAAACAUGCCAAGACCAUCCACUGGCCCCUCAUUGCACCCUUCCCACUGGCUGGUGAUUUUCUCUCCUAGCAGAUGUAGCACACUGGAUAGGAGUUCUGAGUCCAGUGUUUAGGUCCUUCCUUUCUCUUCAGCCCUCGGCAGCACCAGUGUUGGUCUGUGUUCGCCAGAGACCACUAUACUCUGUGCUUACUCAUGUGGGUCCUUCACUUACUACCUGAACUAUUUGAUUUUUCUGAUUACCAAUCACCAAACAAAGCAACAAGAUUUAAACAUGAAACACAUAUAUAUACACACACACACAGGCAGCAGGUGAAAAAACUAUCCCAAACCACCUGUGCUUGUUGAGAAAAAUGUGAGCCUAGCAAGACCUCAUGGUGGUGUCAAAACCCUGUCAGAGCUGGAGUGGAUGAGGGGACCGCGGGGACAGGCUCAGUAUUCAAGACCCUGAGAAUGAUUUUUUAAAAUUAAAAGAAAAUCUUUUUCUUAGGAAGACAUUUGAUUUGUUAUCAUGAUUAAAAUGAUUCCUAGAUUUAGCACAAUGGAGAGAUUUGAUGCCAUAUUUGCUGUGUAGACUGGCAAUGUGAGGGAACAGGGCUCAUAGAUACAUUUGCCCCAUCAGUGAGUGGUCCCUACCCCCUGAUAAAACAGUAUGAAGAAAGGUGCGUUUAGUGCAGUGACCUGUAAUCCAGGGAUUGCUGACAGCAGAGACAUGGCUGAUGAGCACCCACCCCCCAGCCUUCAGUACACUGCAUGUCCAGCACCAAAAAGCAGCACCUCAUCUAGCACAUUAGGAGUGAGUGGAAGGUUCAGCUUGUUAUGUUAGCAGUAGCACUGACAAUGACCAAGAACCACUACAAUUACAAUUCUGAUAUGGAAAAGACAAUGUUUUGGCUCUUGUAGAGCUUGUGUGAAAAGGUACAUGUAUAUACUCUUCCUAUGUUUGUCACUUAAUGCUGCUAUAGCAAAACAUUUUUGUUUUUUAGAUUCUGACCAUGACUCAUAAGCUUCUUGUCAUUCUUCCCUGGUUCUUUGUGGUCACAGACACUCUGCGCUCCUCCCAUCUUGUGGGAGUGGGGUGGCUUUCGGAAAGUCCUGACAGCUCUUCUGUUUGUCUCAGUACUGUAAUUUUACAGGAGAGAAUUGGUUACCAAAACACUACUUGGUCUUCUGACAUAAAGUACUGUGAAAGAACUUACAGUAGUCUCAUUAUAAUACUGUAUUUUAUAGGCAUUUCACAAAAGCAGUAAAAUUAUGGCUUUUUUGUGGCCAAGAAGGCUUGGCUGAGUAUGUGUUGAAGCCUCGUGAUGUGUGUAUGCGUACGUAUACACACCCAAAGAGAGAGCUGGGAAAACACUGGAGUUGUAACAUGGCUGCAGUUGGGGGCCAUUUUUCGGAUACAUUAUGAUUCAUUCUAGUUGUGGUAAACUUUUGGUGUUCAGAUGUGCUUAAUGCUAAUCUUAUUAAAUAAAGAUAAACUCUCUCAAAUUAUUAAAAAUGCCUACUCAGUAAGUGUGAGUUGCUACAGAUUUGUUCUCAGCAGGUGAGAACCCCAAGUCUAAGUGGCUGACCUAGUGAUAGGGAAUUAACCAUUGACUGAUAAUCAAAUUGUCUAGUCCUGAGUAAUGAAAAUACUCAUUCUUACUAGUCCUAUCAGACAAAAUUUUCAUAUGCAUAUAUGCAUAAGUUACUAAGUAUUAAGUAUUACUGAGUAUUAAGUAGCAAUCUGUCAUUAAAAUUUGUAAAGUCUAUGAAAGGUUAUUAAACCCAUACCAUAUUAAUUUGCUUUUGUAAAUCAAGGUGACUAAGAAAAUAAUUUCAGUUAUGUAAAUAAAAUCAUGUAUCGUAAAA